CGCUUUUCCUCUAUGCAACUACGACGAGUUAACAAUCGAUUGGUUCGUGCGGUUCCCAAUCCACCAUUACCCAAACAUGGUAAGAGCGAUAACCCUACAAGACAACCGCGUCUCCAUGUUACUGAUUGAUGAAACAUGGUUUUGGUUUAAUCUUCGAUUCCAAAGGCAUGGUUCAAUUCCUAAUAUCGAUUGGUUUAGUAUGGUUUUAGUUUGAUAUUUUGUUUCUCAAACCGGUUCAGUUCAGUUUCAAACCUUGCCACGACUUAAUCCAGUUGUUGGUUCGAUUCAGGGCCAGCUCACAAGGGGACAAACGGUGCGAUCGUUCCAGAUCCAAAUGUUCCCCGUAUAGUAAUAAUUAAAGGGUUCAAUUUUUUUAUAAAUCUAUAUUUUAUAUAUAAUAAAUAAAAUUAAAAAGGAUCUAAAAUUAUUUGAUAUGUAUAUAGUUUUAUUUUCAUUACAAAAUAUACAAAAUAUUACUGAUUAAAAUUUUAAAAUAUAUUAAACAUUAUCUAAUAUAAAUUUUAGAGGAUAAAUUUUUUUUUUUGGCCCCUAACAAUGUUGAGCCAGUCCUGGUUCGAUUUCAGCUUUGUAAGAAUCAGAUUAGAUUUGUCCAAAUCAAAUACUUAAUAAUAUUCCGGUUCGAGUUUGAGCAGUGGGAAAAAUACAAAGAGUGCGUUUUGUGGUUCCAUUACACUAAACCCAUCUUAGUAAGAUACAAAAAACAAAGUGAACAAGGGGAGUAACUUUAGCCCAAGUUAAUACAUAAGAACCGAUAGAACCAUGAUAAUCGGUUCAAUUGCCCAUAAUCCAUGAGAAGAUAGAAAAAAGAAGGCCCAGAAAACGCCUGCAGAAGGCAAAUGAAACCCAGAAGAGUUGGUAAAGACUCGUUAGCUCCUGUCUUCCUCAAGGAAAGAAAUUUUGAUUUGAAAUAUAAAAUGCAUGUUCUACUAUCAAGAAUUGAAAAUAUGGCUAUUUUGUUUUAGUCUUUUAGACAUAUUACUGGGUAUUUGCGAAGAUAACUAAACAAUAUAUUUACUGGAUGGAUAUGCAUUCACAAUUUUGUUAGCGGAGUUUUGGUAUAAAAUUCCUUUUAAAAGUUCUUUUGAUUUGAAUAUAUAUAAAAGAAAUUAGCAUACAGUGUUAGAUAAUAUUAUUGUGAUCUUUCUUUUGUAAAAUUAUUUUUCUACGAUUUAGUCAGCUAUAAAAUAUUUAAUUAAUAGAAAGUUUAUUGAACAGACAAUAACUAACCUAGCUUUUACCAAAAAGAAAAGAAAAAUAACUAGCCUAGCAUUUUCCUAGCAUAACAAUAAAUGGCAUUGCUUCCAUGUGUAUUAAUUUGUUAGUAGAUAAGUAGUAUUAUUCAAUUAUGAAUAUUCAACAUAUUUAAGUACAUAUAGUUGUAUUGGAUAAAUUUCUCAUUUUAUAUAUGUUCUCUUUUCCGGUGGAUCAUAUUAUUGAGAAACAUAAUAUAUAGUGGAUUAAGAGGGGUUAUCCAUAACACCCGAUCCAACAACAAAUUAUAUAAGAAAACAUAUUUAUGCAGAAGAUGACAAAAUUAAAAAUCGUCUCUUACUUUUUUUUAUUCCAAAUCACAAAAACUACAGAAUCUUCCCACUCAAUGAAAGCAUACCAACAAAUAAUAAAAGAAGAUUUGAAGAAAAAACAAUAAGAUAAAAAAAAUAAGAGCUGAGCGUUUUUUCUUUUCAUACAUCAUAAAAAAAUGAUGUUCUAAUUUUGUUACAGGUAAUUAUUAAUUAGGUAAAUUUAAAUAUUUAAUAUAGAUUAUUAUGAUAAAUAGUACUACUAAUAAUAAUUCUAGAACAGUUUAUACAAUAUAAAAUAUAUAAUAAUUAAUUUAUAUAUACUGUAUCUGUAAUAAACAUCUAAUAUAAUAUUCGAAACCAGAACGAUGACUUUAUCUACAAUAUUCUAGUUAUUAAUCCCAUUAAAUGUUACACCUAUUAAUUUAUAGAAAUCAUAUAAUCAAACUCCAAAUUUAAUAUAAAAGUUUUAAACAUUUAAUAAAUAAAGUAAAACUAUUUUGAAAAAAAAUUUUAUAGUGACUAGACCUUACCGCAAGUGGUGUCUCAAAUCCAGAAAAGUUCCUUUUUUUUUUGAAGAGUUGUGGUACCACCACGCCGACAGAAAAUCGAACAUGCGAUCUCUAACAGUCGUUUAUGAGAAAGAGACCGCUGGAAUACAAGCUCUUCUCAAGUUUUAAAGAUUUGGUCACUUUUUUUUGUCACAAAGAUACUUAAAUUUAAAAGCCCAAAGAGGCAAAGUCAACCCACUAGAAGAGAUUACACAGAAGCAGCUCUAAAAGCAUGUUUAGCCAAAGAGUCUGCUCUUUCAUUGUUCUUGCGAGGAAUAUGAGAAAAGACGAUAAAAUCAAACUCAGAGGAGAUUUCUUAAAUAUCUCUGACGAUACCCACAAUUUCCUUCAUUUGCUAUUUGUUGUUGAUUGCUGCUAUGAGCGUUGAGCUGUCGGAGCAAACUCUGAGCUUUGAGAGCUUCAUUGUUGCCGCCAAUGCAGAGACCCGAUCGGACUUCUAGUGCUUCUGCGAUUAGUGGGGAAUUGACAAAAUCUUGUGUUGUGUGUCCUCGAUCUUGCACUGGAUUCACUAAACCUGUGAAAAUCCAAGCAAGUCCCGCUUUGCGCUGACCUUUAUCCCACGCUGCAUCUGUUUGACAUUCAAUUAGAUCUUGUCGGAGCGAGAUCUGGUCAUAUCGGUAAGGAGGUAGCUUCUUCCCCUUGGUCUGCUGUCCUUGUUGAGCUUGCUUCCAUUCUCUUGUUAGCCCUAAAGCUUUUGCUGCGACCUCUUCAGGUGCCCAGCUCUUGUCUUCAAAGAUGAGCAUGUUUCGUUUUUUUCAGAUCAUCCAACAGAUCCAGGACAUGAUAUUUGUCGUUACUCUUGCCGGUAGGAGACAUAUCGCUUUACGGAACCAGGUGAUGGCUAUUUUGAAAGUCUCACCUACAACUAUGUCAACUAUGUGUUUAAGAGGGAUCUGAGCCCAGACUUUCCGAGCAAACUCGCAGAAAAAAAAGGUAUGCAUCAGUGUUUCAGGUUCCUUACAUCUUGGACAGCAAACUUCUGAACUCAUUCCUCUUUUUGCAAGUUUUCUCUUAAUGGUAUAGCUCAUUAGAAGACGUACCAUAUAAAUACUUUCAGUUUUGGGGAGUAUUCCUCCGCCUAAAGGUCUUUAAUCUAAUUAAUUUUCACUAAAACUCAGCGUUUAAUACCACAAUAUGUAGUAAAACACUAAUAUUUUCAGCAAUAUACAAUAUACUAAUACCAUAUAACUUAAUUCCCAUGUUAAUAUUUCAGCAAGUGGGGAUAGGUGGCUAUGAUUAGCUUAGAUGCCUUCAUGUCUAAGCUCUAAGGUUCAUGGCCCAUUCCGAAAGCUGCUUUAAGAAACCCCAAAAAUGAAAAAUUAUCUAAAAUAAUAAUAACAACAAUCUAAUUUUGUUUUAAAUAUAAAUUAAAACAAUGAGACUGAAAAAAACAAAGCACUAGUUUUCGAAACAAGGCGUAUAUUAUAUAUAUAGCUAUAUAGCCUAUAUUACUGGAAUGGCUUUGUCGUGUGUCGCUUUCGCCAAUUAUUAGUUUCGAGUUGAAACCUCGUGUCGUUUCCAUGUAUUAUUCCUUCUUGACGACUUACACGCGCUGUCGUUUUCGAUUCAGUUGUGUGGCUACCGGCUACUACAAUCGUAGUGGUAUUCCAAAGGAAAACUCAUAAGAUUGUUUCUUAUAAAAUAUAACAGCAUAAAACUUUCUUUUGAAGAAAGUAAAAGAAGCGUAUACAAUUUUCUUUUGAUUAAUGAGAUAUACAAAUUAUCCACAAUUAAUAUAUCCUACUAUGUAUAUGUUUCUUAUGAUAUUCUUUCAGUUUUACAAUGAAUACUAGCUAGUCAUUUCUAGAUUUUAAGAUCAUCGAUUCGGUGAAUACGGUUAAUAAUGUUCCCUAAUUCACAAAAAGUAGCAUCAGUUAAUUACAAACUCAAAAAUCUUUCGAUGUUCGAUCAACAAACGUUAGUAAAUGACCAUACAUUGGACUAAAAGACCUUUUGGUAUACGAGCUUGUGGUCUAUUUGUGGAGUAACACGUAUAAGAAGUUUCCAACGACAACAAAGUAAAUGUUGAUCGCCACGUACGAAUAUGUCUUUUCCUUUAAUUUGUUGGAUCGCCUUAGUGGCUACGGCAACGGUCUAAAUUUGCUAUCAACUUUAAAGACAUGACUCAACUAAUAUAUCAUAUUAAAUUUAUGAAAAGCUUUGGAGGACAUAUACACUUAGGGACAAUCUAAUCAUAGUUAAUGUUGCAUCUGAUUGGAUAUUGGGCAUGAUGUUUCAAACGCAAUUAUCAUUAAAAUGUGUGAUAUUCUAUUGAAAGAUAUAGUAAGUUGUUUUAAAUAAAGGUAAGCGUAAAUACAAAGAAAAAAUAUCAACUCCAGACCAUUUCCACUUUAAUAUAUGUAAUCAAGUGAAAACAUAAUUCACAUAAAAUGUGUAUAUGUAUACACUCUUUCUAACAAAAACAUAAUUACAGUACAAGGAAUUAUUGUUUUGACCAAAGUUGCAUACACGAUUUUCUUCCUGUUAAAUACUAUCACAAUCUUAUAACACAAAUGCAAAUACAUUAACAGAAAACGUAUAAAUACAGAGAUGGUUAUCAAAUAAUUAAUUGUAUACUAUAAUAUAAAUAUUGAAGGUUCAGACCAGGUUAUAACUUACAAAGGAUUCACUGAUUAUUUGAUUAGGGGUACCAGCAUAGGUCAGUCUCUCUUGCUGACACAGAUCGGUACUUGUCUAGAAUUGCGAUUAAGAAAUCUAACUCAUGUACGCGUAAUAUUUAUAGUUCUUGAACUGUAUACAUGUGUUUAAUUUCUAAGAACUUGAUUAUAAAUAUUAUUUGUUAACUAUUGUAGAUGUAAUAAAACUUAAAUGUAAAGUCUUAAGAAAAUGAUAGUUCUCUAGAGCUGGGUAAAAAAAUUGUAAAGUUGUAGUAUAUUUUGUUACGAGCAAAACUCUUUAAGUUGCUCGCCAUGCUCGUAGAUCAGCCUGCCAGAAAACGGCUAUACUCAUAAAAAGCUCACGAAUGAUAUUUGGUUUACUUAAUUCACACUCACUUUUGAAACGUUGUAACCACCAUAACUACAAUUCGGUUGCUUACUCUAGAGUUAAAGGCAAGCUUAUUUUACCCUCAACUUCAUUUCCAUCAUUAACGGUUAGAUAUGCAUGUGAUAUGAUAUGGAUAACUAAGCUCUAACAAAAUGAUUUUUUUAAGAAAUAAAGCAAUUAAAUCAUACAGAGAAGACUUCUUUAUUGGCGACUACUCCAACCUCUUAACGAGAAAGAAAAAUCUUUUGUCUAAAGUUGUGGUUUUAGCCUUUAGGUUGUUUCUCUUUCUUUACAUUUAUUUUAUCAUAUACAAUAUCCUUUUUCAUUUUUAUAUUAAAUAUAUUAUUUUCCUUAUCCUUUAAAUACGCUCAACUUCUUUCUUCCAUUGCAACCCAAAAUUACAAGAGUGCGACUACAGACGAGCAAAAGAAGAAGAACAAAAAUAUAAUAUCCUCUAGGAAAUUUUUUUUUUUAAAUGGAAGCUUCUAUACCAAAGAGAGACUUAUACACAGAAAUAGAAGAAAACGCUCAAGUCGCAGCCAAGAGACUUUGGAAAGUCGUGCGGAUCGUCUUCUGCGUUUUGAAAACCGGUACGGUCAAAAACAAGCUCAUGCUUGACUUAAACCUAAUGCUCAAGAGAGGCAACAAAGCCAUCACUAACCUCCGCCGCCGACGUUCUAGCUUCACUGGCGGCGCUGACGUUACCUCAUCCGCACGCGUCCGUGACUACGAGUUCAGCUGCAGUACCACCCCAGCGAAUGAUCCUUUUGCCUAUAGGUGCAAACGCAAACGCCGCGUCCACGGCGGUAUUGACAAAGAAGACGCGGUGACGGAAGCGGUUAAGAAGGUUUUUGAGUUGUUAGGAGAGAAUGACACGAAUGCGGCGGCCAUGGUGGGGGUAGCGGCUAAAGAGUCUCCAUUGAUGGCGUUUCCAGCGGUGAGAGUGACGGAUUCACCGUUUCCAUUAGACGACGGAGGAGACCAUGAUCACGUGGUGGAUAAAGCGGCGGAGGAGUUUAUAAAGAAGUUUUAUAAGAACCUUAAGUUGCAAAAGAAGAUGGGGAACGCGUUAGAGUCGCCGUACCACGACGGUUGGGUUAGGUGAUGCGUGCCUUUAGUGACCAAAGAUUGCUUCAUGACUCAUGCACAAAUGAAAUAAUAAGGGCAAUAUUGAGUGGAACAGUGAUUUUCAAGUUUUCUUAGAUAUAUUUCCCUUCGAGUGUUGUUGUAUACUUCGAUUUGACUUAUGUUUGUCUCUUCGGUAAAAUAUGUAAACAUGGCUGUGUAUAUAUUUUCUUAUCAUAGUGAAAAAAAUACUAUAUUGGUGAGUCUA